AUGAGUCCCAAGCCAUCUAUGCAACCUCAAUCGCAUCAACCUACCUUUGCACCCACCAAAUCUCCAAGCUGGAGACCCACUCUCAGACCAAGCAGCACACGAGAGCCCACAACCUCCCCGACCACAGAGGAACCCACGGACAGCCCCACUUUCAGGCCAUCACUGAGACCAACGAGAAGGCCUGCAUCGCCAGGACCGACACGUCGUCCGAGCCCGCAACCCACUCCUGGUCCAACUCCGGAGCCCACGCCAGAACCAACCUUGGAACCGACUGUUCCUCCAAUCACAGACAGUCCAACCACCAAGCCAAGCCAAUUUCCCACGUCAGAGCACCCUACUGACGCCCCAACUGUCAGUCCAACCUUGCAUUCUUCGGAGAGUCCAACUGCAGACCAAUACCCAGCUGUAUCCGUCAACGCAGCAUUUGCCUAUGCACCUCCAUCGACAGCAGUACCAUCUGGUAGCCGCACAGAAAUUCCUACGCAAAGCCCAACUGGCCAGGAGGAAUACAAGCAGCUUGCAGCGGGAGCAACUACAACUACACCCACUGAAAGCCAACGGACACCAACGAACUCCUAG